UAGACGGCCUGCAAAUGGCGCUGAUCAUCGCAGUUUUCUUUGUGAUUGUUGUGACAAUCUUGAUUUACUUGCAAUGGCCCGCAUGGAAGCUGUCGAAAAUUCCUGCUGCUCCAUACAUCUCAGGUCUGGGACACCUCCCACUCAUGGCCAAGUACCAAGCCGGCGUUUUCAUCAAGCUUGCCAAGCAGCUGGGGCCAAUUUACAGGUUCCAGCUGGGCAGACAACCGAUUGUCUUUGUAGCCUCAGCUGACCUCUGCCAGGAGAUUGCCAUACGGAAGUUCAAGGUGUUCCCAAACCGUGUCAUCCUUCCUUACAUGAAGGAGAGCUGGAUCCACUUACACGGGCUGUUCAUGACAAAGGCUCCUGAUUGGGCGAGGAUGAGGAACAUACUCCUCCCCACGUUCCACACGGAGAAGCUCUCUGCGUACGUGCCGCUCAUGGAGCGAGUGAUGGGCCAAGUGGUGGAGAUCCUGGACAAGCACGCAAACGCCGGGGAGGAUGUCAACAUGACCCAGCUCCUCCAGAGGAUGGCCCUGGACGUGAUCGGGGAGAGCGCAUUUGGCACCGGCUUCAAGCUCGUCAAGCCCUCUUGGGCUGAUGGUCGCAGCGAGGACAAGGACAUGGUGAAUGCGGUACUCAAUUCGCUCGAUACGUUGACGAUGAGCGAGAAGGCCCCGGUGAGCACCUUCGCGGGGCUCUUCUUUCCCUUCCUCCAGCACCCGAUCCGCGAGAUCAUGAAGAGGAUCCCGGGGACCGGCGACUGGAACCAGUACACGGGGAAUCUGCUGCUCGAGGCCCAGAUGAGGGCGCUGCUGGAGCGGAGGGAGGCCGAGAUGCGGGACGGAGUUGUUAGGAGCGAUGCGCUGUCGCUGCUGCUGGACGCGCGGGCCAAGAGCCAGGAGAUGCGCGAGCUGUUGACCGACGAGCGGGUGCUGGCGCUGGCUUACGAGCUCAUGAUGGCCGGCUCGGAGUCAACUGGCACCAAUCUCUGCUACACGCUCUACUUCAUCGCCGCGCACCCCGAGGUGGCGUCAAAGAUGGUCAAGGAGAUUGACGAGCUCGCGCCACUGGGGUCAACGGUGGCCUUCGAGGACGUGGACAAGUUCAAGUACGUUGACCAGGUGAUCAAAGAAUCCAUGAGGAUGAUCACGUUCUCCCCAGUUGUUGCUCGCGAGGCGAUGGAGGAUAUCAAGGUGGUAGGCUACCACAUUCCAAAGGUAACAUCCCUCUCUCUUUCUUGUAGAGAUAGCCAAACUUUCUUCUACCAGGGAACUUGGGUUUGGCUGGUGAUCAAUGCGCUCGCCCAAGACGAGGAGGAUUUCCCGGAGCCGCAUCUCUUCCGCCCGGAGCGCUUCGAUCCCGACUGCGCCGAGGCCAAGAAGCGCCACCCGUACGCUCACUCCCCCUUUGGAAUCGGGCCCCGGAUGUGCAUCGGCUACAAGUUGGCCUACCUGGAGAUGAAGCUGGCCUUGAUCCACUUCUACCAGCGCUACACGUUUGAGCACUCGCCGGCCAUGGAGAACCCCCUGGCCGUCCGCCUGAGCAUUGUCGUACGCCCCAUCCACGGCGUGAAGCUCCGCGUACGGAAGCGCGGGAUAUGCUGAGAGCAUCAUUCCCGGGCACGAGCUCGUUUGCAAAGCUCGAAUGUAACGUGUUCUUUGGCAAUCUAUGCGAGCACCGCGACGGCUA